GGAGGGCAGCAGGUGGGAGGAGAGUCCGGGAGCAACUUGGGCUGGAAGCGGAGAAGCAACUGGGCUGAAGCCUCUCAGCUGCGGCUGCUGCGGGUUCCUUCCCUCCCCAAAUGGAAGCCCACUGGUGCUGCAGGCUGGGAAACUGGGGGCUGCAAUUUCUGCUGGUGGGAAGCUUGAAAAAGCCUCUUUCAAGUGGAGAAAAUGCCAAUUCAAUCUAUCAAAGGCUUUCUCAGCAUCGAAAAAUACUAGCACUGCGGGGACCUGGUUGUUCCUCCCCAAAUACUCUAACAAAGAAGAUGGCAAUGAGCACUCUGGACAACUGAGGAUAACAAACAACUUUGAAUAGCAAAACAAGUCAGUCCAGAAAUCAAAAUAUUUUCCAUUUCCUUCAGAGAGUCCCCCAGCAGGUGAGAGAGAAAUGAGAGAAAAUCAAGAAGAGAUUUCUAACUGGAAAAAUAGAGUGUGAAUUUAAAGCAUACGUUACAUGAAAAGUCAAGGGAGAUUAUUUUUCCAUUCAGGAAAAGAGGGAAAUAUCUGGAAGUUACUGGGGAGGAAGCCAUGUAGAGCAGACAGUGUUGCAGGCCUCGCUCUGGGAGGAAGAAAAUCACCAGUAAAUCAAAGCAGCACUAAAGGGAUUAUCCAUAUUUUUGACCACCUCAAGAAUAUUAGUUGUGGAAAAGCUCCAUAGACGUUUCUGUUCUGGGAAAGAUACAACUUGCAAAUCACAGCUGAUUAUGCCAGAGGGAAUCCAGACUGGAGAAAAACCGUACAAAUACUCUGAAUGUGGCAAAAGCUUUGGUCAGAACAACUCCAUUUUCUUUCAUGGAAGGACCCACACAAGAGAGAAGCCCUACAAAUGUUCCCAAUGCGGUAAAUGCUUUAGCAAGCAUGGCAACGUGAUUCACACCAAGGAGAAACCCUUUGAAUGUCCUGACUGUGGGAAAAGUUUCAGUCAAAAUUCGAACCUCAUUGGCCACCAGAGGAUUCACACAGGAGAGAAACCCUUUGAGUGUCCUGACUGUGGGAAAAAUUUCAGUCGGAAUUCGAACCUCAUUGGCCACCAGAGGAUUCACACAGGAGAAAAACCCUUUAAAUGUCCUGACUGUGGGAAAAGUUUCAGUCAUAAUUCCAGCCUGGUUCAGUACCAGAUGACUCAUACAGGAGGGAAACUGUACGAGUUUCCAGACUGUAGGACAAGUUUCAGUCAGAAUUCCAGCCUGGUUCAGUACCAGAUGACUCACACAGGAGAGAAACGCUUGAAAUGUCCUGACUGUGGGAAAAGUUUCAGUCAGAAUUCUAGUCUGAUUAAACACCAUAGGAUUCACACAGGAGUGAAACCCUUUGAAUGUCCUGACUGUGGGAAAAGUUUCAGUCAGAAUUCCAGCCUGGUUCAACAUCAGAGAGUUCACACAGGAGAGAAACCCUUUGCAUGUCCUGACUGUGGGAAAUGUUUCAGUCAGAAUUCUAGCCUGGUUCAACACCAGACAACUCAUACAGGAGAGAAACCCUUUGAAUGUCCUGACUGUGGGAAAAGUUUCAGUCAAAAUUCCAGCCUGGUUCAACAUCAGAGGAUUCACACAGGAGAGAAACCCUUUGAAUGUCCUGACUGUGGGAAAAGUUUCAGUCAUAAUUCCAGCCUGGUUCAACACCAGAGGACUCAUACAGGAGUGAAACCCUUUGAAUGUCCUGACUGUGGGAAAAGUUUUAGUCAGAAUUCCACCCUUGUUCAACACCAGCGGAUUCACACAGGAGAGAAACCCUUUGAAUGUUCCGAUUGUGGUAAAAGUUUCAGUCAGAAUUCCACCCUGGUUCAACACCAGCGGAUUCACACAGGAGAGAAACCCUUUGAAUGUUCCGAUUGUGGUAAAAGUUUCAGUAACAACUCCAACCUGGUGAAACACCAGAGGACUCAUACAGGAGAGAAACCCUUUGAAUGUCCUGACUGUGGGAAAAGUUUCAGUCAGAAUUCCAGCCUGGUUCAACAUCAGAGGACUCAUACAGGAGAGAAACCCUUUGAAUGUCCUGAUUGUGGGAAAAGUUUCAGUCAUAAUUCCAGUCUGAGUAAACAUCAGAGGACUCACACAGGAGGGAAACUGUACGAGUUUCCAGACUGUGGGAAACAUCUCAGUACUAGGGUUAAUAUUAUGAAUCACGUCCUUAUACACAAAGGGGAGAAACCGUUUUAGUGUCCCGAGUGUGGACAGUGCUUCAGGAAAUAUUCCACCCUUAUUGCUCACAGAAAAAUCCACAUGAUGGCCAAAUGAUAAGUGUAGAGAAGGCUUCAAUUUCAUUUCUGGUGUCCCAUUGUAAAUCCAGCUGAGAUAUUGAUCAUUUAAAUUGAUUAAAUUAAUUAGAAUUUACCUGAUUUUUUGUAGGCAAAUAUGUAAUGGUAUUAGAUGGGACAGAGGAAAGAAAAAGUUGGAACAUAUUACUUUGUUGUUAUUUUUUUAAUAUACUUUAUUAAAUUUUCCAUUAUAUAAAAAAAAAUAUACAAUCUCUAUUUCCUUCAGAGGUACAGUGUUUAUACAAUUUACGGAAUCAUACGUUAAAUAAACUUCAUCCUUAGCUGUUCAAUAUUCUAUGCAAUAUAGCUCGUACUUCGAGUACAUAACAAGUCAUAUCCUAAAAUCAUGUUUUUGUCUUGUUCUUUAACCAAUUGUACCAAUUUCCCCAUACUUCAUAAUAUUUAGAUUUCUCCUCAUUAUUUAUCUCACUCGUCAAUUUUGCCAUUUCUGCGCACUCUAGGAUUUUAUUUAUUAGUAUUUCUUCUGAGGGUAUGGAUUUAUUUUUCCAGUAUUUCGCAAAGGCUAGUCUAGCCGCAGUUAUAAUCUGGAUUAUGAGUUGAGUUUUGUUUUUAUUGAGGCCGUCUCCGAUUAUACCCAGGAGGAAGAUUUCUGGAGAUAGAACUAUUUCCUGUCCCGUUAUUUCACAAAGCCAAUAUCGGAUUUUUGACCAGAACCUUUUGGUCUCUGGACAGGUCCACCAUAGAUGAUAGAAGGUGCCGACCGUUUUUCCACAUUUCCAACACGUGGCUGAGAGAUUGGGAAACAUUUUCGCUAACCUAGCUGGUGCUAGAUACCACCUGUGUAGCAUUGUAUAAUGGUUUUCUCUAAAUGUUGCUGAUUUCAUCAUUUUAUAAUUCCUAUUCCAGGCCCUCCCAGUCAUUAAAGUUUAAUCUGUCUCCCAGGUUUUUUUCCAAAAUAUUUAGCUGAUUUUUUGCUAUAAUCUCUGCCCUAUCCUCAUCUAAUAAGAAGUUAUAUAUUUUUGCUAGCAUUUUCUUGUCUAUUCCCCAAAUAAUUUUAUCAAAAUUUCCAUAUUUAGCUUCAAAAGUUGGAACAUAUUACUUUGAUAAUAGCUAUCUGGCCUUCAGCAUAAGAAGUUGCUGGAUAUUUAUUUUUGUAGAAAUUGGGCAAUUAUGUAAAACCCACCAAACUUCUUGAAUUGGAGUCAAAAGUUGCUUCCCUCCUCCUGCACCUAUAAAUUCCCUGUGACUUCUCUGAGGAAACACUGUUGAUGGUGGGAGGCUCCCAGAACAACAAGCAAGCAAGAAGGACAUCAAGUAUGCUGCAGAAAAAGUUUACUCAAAUCUUUUUGGAGUGGCACUCAAUGUCUGGCGAUUUAAUGGAUUAGUUAUUACAGGUUUAUUGACAGCAACACACAAACUGUCAUUUCCUUCUUCAGUGUGUUUUCUCUCCCGCCCUCCCUCUCUCUCUCUCUCUCUCUCUCUCUCUCUCUCACACACACACACACAGACCUCACUGAGAGCAACCUGAUUACUUCCUGGCAGUCAAUGGGGGAGAAGAGAGGUAAAAAAAAAAGCAUAAAGUAAGGGAAUAUUGUGGCCAAAACAUGCCUCAUCUAAAGCAACCAAUCACUUUGAAGAUUCAACAUAUAUUAAGCAUUCAAACAAUCACUGUGCACAGUGGAUUCCAGCAAAGCAUUGGCAGCUUUCUGAGCAGCCCUGACCUAAAGCAGAACCGCAGCUUAUAUAUACCGUUGGCCCACUACAUUAGAAAGAUGUAGAAACAGGCAAGCACCCUAUAGAGUACAGCAUGACGUUGGAAUAUUUUUGAUAAUCUCAUUAUUUCUCCCUGCCUACAAGGUCCGCAGGGCAACUAUGCGCUCUGUGAGAUACGGUCAGGGAAUAUAAACAUUUUGACCAGUGGUGGGUUGCUACCGGUUUGCUCCAGAUCAGGCAAAGUGGUAGAGCGAGAGGCUCCACUCACCCGGACGUCUCUGCGCAUGCACAGAAGCAGCCUGCGUCCGCACAAGCGAACCGUUAGUGAACAGAAUUGAAACCCACUACUGAUUUUGACCCACUGGUCCAGAAAUUCCAGUCUGAUUCUUCCCCCUGUGCCCAUGCAGGCCCAGUUCAGCUUGUUGUCAAUGUUUACUUACAACAAGACUUUAAGCUCUCUACAACUAUUGGGGUGCAGGAGCAUCUCUAGAGGUUUGCUAGUGAAUGUAACUGUCUAGCUUCCUAACUGCGUGUCCAGGAGACGUCGGAUAAACAUACGCUGCCAAGUCUUAGUUGCUGUAAGCGGUUUAUUUCAAACGGUCGCUAGCACCGUCAGUAGCGAAGAAAACAAUUAAUGCAAAAGGCAUACAAAGUCGGCGUUGGGAGCAGCCGCCUUCCAACGCCUUUUAAACCCACGCGCCCAAUAAUUACAUUGGCUCACACGCCCUUCCGGAUAGAGCACCCGCCCCUGCAUGAGUCAGCAAUUGCAGCAAAGCAGUUAAACAGAAACCUAGCUCCGACCGCAGCGUGACCGGCCGCCUACUAAUUAUGCUAAACACCCACCACCACCUGUGUAAACAACCACCCCACCCGACACCCCAUCCGCCGAUCCAAGUAGGUAGAACAGCGGGGUCAACUUCAUGUGCAUAGCGCCAGGAUCCGCAGCUGCCACCAUCCCGCUGAGUGGCGAGGGGAUCUCGACAGGCGGCUCCCCCUACCAGGUGUCCUCCUGGAAGAUAUAACAAUCCACCGUUAAUAUUGUAUUAGGGUUUUAUAUCUGUACCCCAAGGCCCUGGUUUAUGUGGAUAUUUUCGAUGGAACUGAUUAACCAACCGGUUAGCCCGCAAAUUCGUAGCCCUAACCCAUGAUGAUUCCUCAAACGGAUAACCCUUCCACUUGAUUAAAUACUUUAGGACUCCCCUACUGAGCUUUGAGUCUAAUACAUCCUCAACCUCAUAAUGAUCCCCUUCUACCGGGCCUGGUCUUAAUGUCUGGUUGCUAAUGACACCUAGUGGUUUUAACAAACUACUAUGAAACACGGGGUGGACCUUCCCCAGCAAUGGCGGUAGUUUUAAUUCCACUGUAACGGGGUUAAUCACUUUUACUACAGGGAAGGGCCCUAAAUAUUUGGGGCCCAAUUUACGACUCGGUGUUCGUAGUUUGAGAUAUUUUGUAGACAAGUAACCUAAAUCCCCAACUACAAAUGGUUUGUGGUCUGCUCUUCUUUUGUUGGCUUGGUAUUUAUAGAUUUUAGUUGCUUUGUCCAACGCCUCUUUUAUUUGGGGCCAAAGACUUCGAACACGAGCAGCCCAACUACCUGGUGACACCUUAUCUGGGUUCUGGAGAGCUAACUCGGGGAUCACAGGAAGGUUUUUUCCUGAAACAGCCUGAAAUGGUGUAAUACCCGUACUGCCGUGAACAGUAUUAUUAUACGCCACUUCUGCAAAGGGGAGUAACUCUGACCAAUCCGAUUGCUGAUAUGAUACGUAACAACGUAAAUACCUUUCCACCAUGGCGUUUGUUCUUUCUGCUGCUCCAUUGGUGCUAGGAUGGAAACCCGAACUCAGACCCUGUGACGAGCCUAUCAUUUUCAUGAAACUACGCCAAAAUACCGAGGUGAAUUGUACACCUCUGUCGGAAAUAAUGCGUCGGGGUGCUCCAUGCAGUCGAUAUACGUGCCAUAUAAACAAUUUCGCCAGCUUUCGAGCUGAUGGUAAGCCAUGACACGGGAUAAAAUGAGCCUGCUUGGAAAAUAGAUCAACCACGGUCCAUAUCACCGUAUUGCCAUUGCUCUCUGGGAGAUCUACAAUAAAAUCCAUUCCGAUCUCCUCCCAGGGACUAUUUGGUUCUGCCACCGACUGUAAAAGGCCAAGAGGCUUUCCUGGUCGAGGUUUAGCCAUCGCACAUACUUUACACCCCUUUACAUACUGUUCGACCUCUUUCCUUAUACGUGGCCACCAAAAUUGGCGUCGUACUAGGUGUAACGUUUUAAGAAAUCCGAAGUGUCCUGCCGUUUUCGCAUCGUGACAUUUAUUUAAUACUGACUGCCUUAAGGCUUCAGGAACAUAUAACUUGGUCCCUACCCAAGCUAAACCAUCUCGACAUGUUACCCUAGUGUCGUGGUUUUUCAACCAGGUAUCCGUAGCCACCUCUCGACGUAGCUCAUCUUCCCAUGAGGACAAAGAUCUGGUACGUGCCGUUUGGGCCCACUGUUCUUACCAGGGAUCAUGGCUUGUACGACUUCUUCCCUUUUACUGUCAAACUGUGGGAGCCGUGAUAAAGCAUCUGCUAGGAAGUUCUUCCCUCCCGGCACAUACUUAAGUUCAAAAUUGAAUCUUUGGAAAUACUGCGCCCAACGUACUUGUUUAGGCGACAAGCGUCUGGGGCUUUGGAGUGCUUCGAGAUUUUUAUGGUCCGUCCAUACUUCGAA